AUGAAGGCUUCUUGGUUGGGGUGGUCCCUCCUCUCAUUCUUAGCCGUGCCUACAUUGGCCGCGACUUCGGACUCGGAGUUGAAAGAAGGCAACAAUCUCAUGAAGAGAUGGGGCACCUAUGCAGUUGAUCCGGAGGUUCCCUCGGUGUUCAACGGCCUCGACGUGCCUCCGCUGUUUCAGCUGACCCCCGAGAAUUUCGAGGAGGCCACCAAGGAUGGUACUUGGAUUGUGAAACAUUAUUCGCCGUCCUGCCAUCACUGCAAACAGGCCGCACCUUACUACCAGACUGCAUACGAAUACUACUACACCUCCAAUCCCUUGGCACCUUCUUCCGCAAAGUCCCCAGACCCGAAGUCUGCGAACGGGUUCACUGCCUAUUAUAACUUCCAUUUCGGAUCCAUCAACUGUUUAGCCUAUGCUGACCUUUGCGUGAAACUCGGCGUCUCCAGUUGGCCCACAUUCGCCUUCUACGAUAAUGGGGUUCAAAAGGAUCCGAUUGUCGGUACGCAGUUCAUUCCGGCUCUAAGCAAACUCAUCGAAGAGAAGCUCGAGUCGAUCAAGCCUGGAUCUCGACCCCCGCAGGGCGUCAAGCUUCCCGAAGUUGGCGCACCAGGCGUCGACUCAACCGCGGAGCCCGAUUCCCCUGUUGCCAAAGACAAGGACUCUGAGGCGGGUAUCAAGGCAGGCGAGAAGCAAAAUGAGUUAGUCGCCCAGAAGGCAGGCGAUGGAGCCGCAGCCAAGGACAACACGAACUCCAAGACCAAGACCAAGCCACCGCCCGCCCCCGCCAACCCUCAGGGUAUUUCUGUUCCCCUUACUGCCGAGAGCUUCCAGAAGCUUGUGACAACCACCCAGGACUCAUGGUUCAUCAAGUUUUACGCACCGUGGUGCGCCCACUGUCAGGCGAUGGCUCCUAACUGGAAGGAGAUGGCCAAGGAAAUGAAGGACACCCUGAACAUCGGUGAGGUGAAUUGUGAGGUCGAAAGUCGCCUUUGCCAGGACGCGCGGGUUGAUGCUUUCCCCACCAUCUACUUCUUCCGGGGCGGCCAGAGAGUGGAGUACACUGGUCUGCGUGGUCUUGGAGAUUUGCUUUCGUACACGAACAAGGCAAUUGGUGUUGGCUCUAGCAUUGAGGAUGUGGAUGCGCAUACUUUUAUGGAAUUAGAAGAGACCGAGGAGGUUCUCUUCUUGUACUUCUAUGACCAGGCAACCACCUCCGAGGACUUCAAGGCGAUGGAACGGCUCACUCUUAGCUUGGUGGGGCAUGCUCGCAUUGUCAAGACCAGCAGUGCCGCUUUGGCCGAGCGCUUCAAGAUUUCCACCUGGCCACGUCUCCUGGUGGUCCGCGAAGGACGGCCCAACUACUACAAUGCUCUUGCUCCCAAGGACAUGAGAGACUUCCGACAAGUCUUAUCGUGGAUGCAGACUGUGUGGCUCCCGAUUCUUCCUGAGCUUACCGCUUCGAACGCUCGGGAGAUCAUGGAUGGAAAGUUUGUUGUUCUCGGCAUUCUUAGCCGCCGCCGUUCCGACGAUUUCAAGCAGUCCAAGCGUGAAUUAAAGGAAGCCGCCUUUGAGUGGAUGGACAAGCAGAUUCAACUUUUCCGUCUUGAGCGAUCUGAACUCCGUGAUGCCAAGCAGCUGCGUAUUGAAGAAGCUGAUGACCGCGAUGACCAGCGCGCUCUGCGGGCUGCCAAGAAUAUGCGCAUCACCAUUCGUGAGGAUGACAAGAAGGCCGUUGGCUUUGCCUGGGUAGAUGGCGACUUCUGGGAGCGCUGGGUUCGUACCACCUAUGGUAUCGAUGUUGAGAACGGUGAUCGUGUGAUCAUCAACGAUGAAGAUAACCGCCGCUACUGGGAUACUGCCUCGAGUGGGGCCACGAUCAUGGCCUCGCGUACCUCCAUUCUUGAGACCAUUCCCCUGGUCGUCUCUUCCCCUCCCAAGCUGUCUCCCAAGUCCACUGUGGGCACCAUCGAGACAUUCUUCUUCUUCACCCGUUCUUUCCUCAACGCUCACCCUAUCCUCUUCUUCAUUCUUCUGGGGCUGACAGUGGCUGUGGCCGCCAUCUUCGGUCGCGGACGGUUGCUGCGUCGCGGUGUUGGCCGCGGUGGCAUUCUAGGAAACUCGCCCAAUGGCGGAGGCUUCUUCCACCUGGAUGGCAAGGAAGGACUGUUGAACGGGGGCUCGACUGGAAAGGUCGACUAA